CUUUCUUGAGAAGAGUCAGCACAAGGAGAAAUGGCCAGAUUCGUUUCUUUGCUGUUUUUUCUCAGUCUGAGCUUGUGCUGCUGCAGAUCCCAGGGCCAGAAAAGAAAAAUGAGUGUGAGGCUCCACAGGGGCAGCAUCCCCCUUUCCCUGCGAGCCAACGUGGAGCUGGAGUGUGUGAUCUCAGACCACAGCCUGUCCGACAGCGGUGUGUCCUGGGUGCGCCAGUACAGGGAUUCUGCCCCCCAGUUCAUAUUGUUCGUUACCUCCCUUGGCCGGGUGGCAGCGACAGAGAAUGGAAAACCACCCGAACGCUUUCAGGCGAAAAAAGAAUCCAGCAACUACAGACUGACCGUGACGUCCUUCCAGGAGCAGGACCAGGGCAAUUAUUACUGCAUCGUCAACCACAACCAGAGACUGCACUUCAGCUCCGGGAUCCCACUACACCUGCCAGCCCCCGCCACCACAGCCGCCCCUCCGAAGGCAACCACGCCCCAGCCCAGCACCAUCACCCGCAGCGGGGAACUCGGGGGCUGCAAACACUCCCCGGACACAGAGAAAGCCCCAAAGGAAGGGAUGGAUUUAUCCUGUAACAUUUACAUCUGGGUCCCCUUAGCCAGCACCUGCCUUCUCCUCUUCAUUGCCCUGCUGGCCACCAUCACGGUGUGUCAAACAACCAGAAGACGAAGAUGCAAAUGUAAAAGACCUAUGCCUGGGAGCAAUGGAAAACCCAGCUUGCCAAACAGAUACGUGUAACGUGACUGAGCCAUUUGCAUCUGGAUCUCCAAACGGGAGCUGUCACUGCAUAAACAAACCCUACGUCUAUUUCCAUUACUCAUUCUCGCUCUCACUUUAUUUUUUAAAUUGUUCUUGUACUUUCUAGUCUGUUAAUUUUUAAAAGGCAAACUGUUCAAAAAGAGCAUAUAGAUAAUGCUGGACAUCAGCCACUUCCUACAUCAGCUGUAUUGCCUGGAUUUUAAAAUGUAGCUCCCUCCAAAAUUUUCUUGGUUGAAUCUUUCAAGCUGGUUUUCAAGUCAUAAAAAAGUAAAACAUGCCAAAUGAUAUAGUCCAUAACUCUGGCAAAACCCUCACUUACUGAAGCCUGUGGCGCAAAUCCUGAGAUUUUUAUUGUCCUUACUCAGAUAUAUACCAAUUGACUUCAACAGCUAAGUAAAGAUCUCAACAUUCAGUCUGUUGGAAUUUUGCCUGCACAAAAACCGAGUAAAGACUGCCAGAUUAGGCCUGCCACGACAAAGUGCGUGAUCCUGCCGCAACUGAAGUCAGUGGUAAAGCUCUCGUUCACUUCAGUGAUGCAGGACUGGGGCCUUAGUGAAGACAUUUCUAUUUGUGAUGCUGUCUACAAUGGGGAAAGGAGAUAAAAGGUAUUUAAUCUAAUGAGCAUCCCAAUGCUGAGCUAACUGGAAGUGGGGCAUUAGCACAGGUCCUAGGCACUGCUAGGAUUUUUAAUUUUAAAAGGGGGCAAAAAGCCAGUUAACGUUGAACAAUCACAGAGUUUAAUAUCAGCAACUGGCUAAAAUCAAUAAAACUGUAAAACUUUUAGAAGACAUGAUGCAGGGUUGAAAGGGCAAAUGCUAAAAAAGGCUGUUAUUUCUUUCACAGUCCCUAAGACUAAAGAUUGCAGGCUCCAGCAUUCUGCCCUUACUCAGGUAGACUGUCACUGACUUCAGUGGGAGUUUUGACUGAUCAAGGUAUGCAGGAUUCAUCCUAUUUGUAGGCACCCACAGGCAAGUGGCAAAAGAGUAAAUCUAACCCCACUCUCCUUUCCGCAAACCAGUGUUUUAAGCACAGAAUGAAAGAUCUUAUUUUUUUCAACUACGUAGUUGAUGUAAAUAUUUUCUUGCUAUAAUUGCCAUAAAGUUUUUCAAUAUUUCUGUUCCCAACAAUCAGUAUAAAUACUGUGGAACAAUUCAACUAUACUUCUAGAUAGUCUCACUGAAGUACAUUGCCUUGUCUUCUCCUUAGCCUCAGAAAAGCUAGAGAACUAAAUAAAAAUAUAAAUGACCUUUUUGCUGAGAGAUUUGAACAAGAGAAGAAAGGUGUUGCUGUGGUUAAAGAUUCAGGCCUAGGCUUCAGGAGACCUGGGUUCAAAUCCCAGCUCUACCACAGUCUGUAACCUUAGUCUCUUCCGUACCUUGCUGUCAUGCUAAACCCGUAAAUACUUUGGGGAUAAAGGCCUUAUAAGUCUGUAGAUACAAGAUGUUGACUGGCAAGAGAAAUCUCUGACUACAUAUUUGUACACAAAUCAGCCAGGCAAAAUGUUCCCGUAUGUAUUGGCUCUAUCAUAGUAAUACAAUCCAAAUUCACUUCCAACAUCCCAAGUGUAUCUCUUCUUAAACAAUGGAUCUGGUAAUAAGUGUGGCCCCAAUUUAGUAAAGUCUUAAGCUUGUGCCUAUCUCAAGACUUGUGAGUAGUCCCAUUCACUAGACCAAGAAAUACUUUUGUGACAGAUGUUGAGAUGCCAUGUAAUAAUCUAUGAAUACUGAGAUAUAAUAAUGUUAUGAACACUGCAUGUGACCUGCUCUGUAAAGGGAAGUUACAGUAUAGUAUGGUGGGUUAUUGGAAUUUCCUGAAUGAAUGUAUCGAUCUGACUUAAUAGGAGGUUGUGAGAAAAGCAAGCAGGAAAGCAACAAAAUAGCUAGAGGUAAGCAACCCUUACCCUCCCAACAAACACAGGGGUCAGGGAGGGAGGGAGGGAGUAUGAGGGGCAAUUGUAAGACAGUGGCAUUCCUCCAGGCCCUAGACCAAAGUGACAUAGCUGUUCUGCCAAUGUAAGGAACUAGUAGAUCAAAGGGCUAUAAACAGUUAAGUCUCCUCAGGAGAAGAAGAAGGAUCAAUUGUCACUAUGUGUGACAGACCCAGAGAUAGGCUCUGUGGAGGAGUCUGAAAGAUUAGGAUCUUUCCCCAGAUCCAGGGAAUGGUAAGCCUUAGGGAAAGACAGGCAAGCAUGUAGGGUGUUGAUUGUUUUAAGAUUUGUUUUCUCUGAAAGGCUUUUGUACUAAAUAAAUAAUG